UUCAGAACUCGGAAGUAAAUACAAGUUUGAUAAAAACACAGGUGUGCUAUCAGCAGUGAAUUACCAUAAAUUACCUACAUGAGCAGUGCUCAGAGUAAGCACCUGUAGUUAUUUAAAAUGAAUCUAUAAACUUGUCGUUUAAAUAACUGCAGAUUUGUAUUUAAACGAUAGCGAUCAAUCUAUCGUGUAUUUCCAGUGCUGUAGCAGUAAGCUUAGAGGUGAUAGUCUAAGAAGAGAUGGGGGACAUAAUUUCCACAAGAAAUAAACUACAGAGGAUGUAUUCAUUAAUGUACAAAUAAAUUUGGGAGCAGGAGGCUGCAGAAAUGUGUUUAUACCAGCACUAGUUGUGACUCCUGGUCCCAGCAGCGCCCAUAACCGAGCCCCCACGAUUGCUGAGUGGCAGAGCAGUGCUUCCUUUUCUACGAAACAAGGAGCAUCAGAAAGCAGCAGCCUGUGGUGGUUUUCCUGUUUCUCUCAACUUCCACUGCCAGGCGAGGGGAUGAGGGAUUCCCAGUCCUCCUCUGAGCUACUUGCACGACUUGAGGGUAGAGGUUCUCUGAAGAAUCUCGAACCUUAUCUGUUUGCCGAGGAAGGAUCUCCUGUUCAUGGAGAUGUCAUUGAAUUCCACGGUCCAGAAGGAACAGGAAAAACGGAAAUGCUUUAUCACCUAAUAGUCCGCUGCAUCAUUCCAAAAUCAGGAGGAGGACUGGAAGUAGAAGUCAUGUUCAUUGAUACAGACUACCAUUUUGAUAUGCUUCGUCUAGUUACCAUUCUUGAGAACAGAUUGGCACAAAGGACAGAAGAAAUGAUAAAGCAAUGCCUGGGAAGGCUUUUUCUUGUGAACUGCAGUAGUAGCACUCAGUUACUCCUCACUCUCUACUCUUUAGAAAACAUGUUUUGCACUCACCCUUCUCUCUGCCUUUUGAUUUUAGAUAGCAUAUCUGCUUUCUAUUGGAUAGACAGAAGCAACGGAGGGGAGAGUGUUAACUUGCAGGAGAUGAAUCUGAAGAAAUGUGCUAACUUUCUUGAAAAGCUUGUGAGAGAGCAUCACUUAGCCCUCUUUGCAACAACACAGACGCUUAUGCAGAAAUCUACAAGCUCUGCAGAAAGCUUUUUUCCUUUAAAACUUCAACAUGAAACUGAUGCAGACUAUAGACCGUAUCUUUGCAAAUCAUGGCAACAAAUGGUAACCCACAGGAUAUUUUUCUCUAGGCAAUGUAAUUGUGGCAACAACAAAAGUUUUACAGUCGUUUCUUGCCACCUCAAAAGAAACCAUGUAGUAAAACGUUCAUUUAGUGUUACAGAAUGUGGAGUGCAGUUUUAACUUCAGUUUGUUUUUUUAAAUGUGUAGUGAAUCCUGAUGCUUAAGGCCUGAUGAGGUCUAAGUAAUUUUUAGUACCUUUUAAACUGGUUGUUCUGAGUGAUUAAGAAUUUUUGUCACCAUUUUCUUAAAAUUUAGUGAAAGAAAUGGUAGAAUUCUUUAAUUACUGUAGAUGUUCAGUUCAAACUAGUGAGGCACGUUGAAAUUACUUGUUUGUGCUUAAUGCAUUAAGAGAUUAAAUCAAGAAAAUUAUAACCAAAGACAUUUUAAACUCCUAGUAUUCUUCAGUAAUCUAACCAAUGUAGUAUGUGGCCAAAUGCAUUGACUUCAUUUCUGGGUCUCCCUGUUUUACACUCCUCUUCCAAGCUACAGAAAUAGGAGCCUUGUCCAUGGGGGAGGCUGCAGAAAGGCAAGGGUUUGCUCUUUAUACGGUGGGCUUGGUUUAUUCCCAGUAGCCCAGGGCAUAUGAAAUGCAUUCACGACUUUGCCUGAAGAAGAGCUGUCAUUUUCACGGCCUGUUAAAUAGUGGUAAUCCUGACCACGCUUCUCCAAGCUUGCAGCCUCUCUGCUUAUGUUAGCAUGUGCUUGGAGGAGCAAGGAUUGCGGGUGUUUUGACCCUUGCAAACAUCUGGGUUUGAAGAAUCUAUAGUUGUUGCAGAAAUGGAGACCUGAUUUCCAUAACUGAAGGAAAACUAAAGACCCAGCUCUGGGUACCUGUGAGUUUUUGCUGCAUGCAGCAAAACAAUUUAGUCUUUGGAAAUAAUGAAGUGUGGGUUAGGGGUUGUUUUGGGUGUGGGGGGUUGUUUUUUGCUGGGUUUUUCUUUUAGAUGUAUGCACAGACUUUUUUUUUUUUCUUUGCCCUCCCUCAUUAUUCCUUCCCACUUCUUUCCCUUCCCCCACUCUCUCUAAGAAAUCCAGGAAUGCCAUGCCUCUGGUCUUUACCAGUAUGUAUUUGCCACAUGUAGAACAUUUGUGUGCAGGAUUUGGCAUGCAACAUGUUGCAAUUCUGGCAAGGAAGAUUCAGAACUUAUGGGAAAUGCCCUACAGUUCUGGCAAAGAAUACCAUAUUAUUUUUUAACCUAGAGUGCUCUUUGAAAGCUUCAAAGUGCUUUACAAGAAAGAAAAUUGCACACAGUACAUUAUUUAAUACAAAAACUUACAUUAGCUUACAAAUUUAAAUUACUCAAACAAGGGGAAAAUAUUUCUCACAGCAAUAUUCGUUCAGUCAUGUUGCACAGCACGUUUUAUAGUUUAGAUUGAACAGAUUAUUAACAAAAAUGCAUAUUAAGAAGAAGUAUCUAGCACAGUAUCUUUUUGAGGAAGAUGCCUGAAAAACUAUUGAGAGACACUUGCCUUUUAAUUUUGCAACUUCUGAAGCCAGCUUUUCCAAGCCGCAUGUAUAUAUGGAUUCCCAGUUGUGUACAGUUCAAAAGGCUUCUGUAUAUAGAACUAGAAGCGUGGAUCUAUACUGUUGUUUAUAGACUUGGGCACCUCUGUGAUUUGGCUGGAUUUUUGCAAAGACAAUGUGUGUCCUACCUCAGACACCAGAGAGUAGAAGUAUUCUUUCUGUGGGUAAAGUUCUUUUUUCCCCCUCUUAUUUUAAACCUUCCAUCUGAUCACUUCUUCAUGCUGUCAGUUCUUUCACUGUGACACAUGAGCGAACAUUGCCUUUUCAACAUCUCCACAGAGGUGAUGAUUUUAUAGACUGUCAUUUCAUUUGUGCUUUUUCUUCCAUCACCACCAUUAUUUAUUUUAUUUCAGAACUUGCGUAAGUACACAAAUACAUGAAAAACAUACAACUUAACCCCUCAGCCUAGACUGGACCCAAGUUAGAUGGUUUAACAUGAGUAGCCGCUUACUUGGAAUUAUUAUAAAGGGCACACUUGAAUUUUUUUUAAAAAAGAAACUGGGAAGAUUGAAGUAGAACUACAGAACUUUUAAAUGUGAAAAUUAUAGGACUACAUGAUUUCUACUACAAAAAACCCCAACAAUCCCCUUUUCUACUGGAGAAUACAGCUCCACUGAAGAUUAACUGCUUCAUAAAAUCAUACUUGCUAAAAAAUAUGUUUGAGAAAAAAACAAUGGAAAUGUUCCGGCAUUCCUGUCUGGAAAAAAGCUUUUAUAUUAUUCACAAUGUAGUUUAUAUUUUGCAUUGUACUAUAAAAGAAAUGCCUAAAUUGAAAAGAAGCCAAAGUUCUAAUUGAUCAAAAAGAGCACCUCAGGAAAUUUUGAAUUUUCCCAGUUUUAUUUUUAUUUUGAAUGAAGACAGAUUUUUUUAAUUCUCUGGUAAUUGUAAUAUUCAUGCUCUGCACAUUUGUUUUAGAUGUGUAACAAGCCUAGCUUUCAGAGAUGCUGAGCAUCUGCAUAUCCCUGUAAAUUUGUAGGAGGGAUAGGCAGCAUGCAAUCUGGGAGUGCACUGACCUUAUCCUCUGCCAAAAUUAUGCUGUUUGGAAAAAUGAACCUUUAGGAUACAAGUCUUAAGAAAGAUGCAGUGAUAAAGAACCUGGGAAGCAGCGAUUUUGCUUGUAUCCUAAUGAACCAUGGGUAUUAAAAAUUAUUUUUACCAUUUUUUAAUGGAGAAUUUUCUCCAUUAAAACUAUGUAGAAACUGUAGUUAGUGGAGAAUGCAGUUUGUCCUCAGGAAUCAGGAACAGUAUAUUAAAUGUAGCAUUAUCUUUAGUAUAUAAUAUUAAAUCCACAUUCUCCUCUUUCACCUAGACCUAAGUUACCGCCCAGUCUCCAGCCCACUGUCUAACCUGGCACGACCUUGCUGCUGCAGCUCGCUUUCCCAGGGAGGAAGCGCGUUUUGGGUUAGUAGAUCUGCUGGAAAUCAGCCCUGCAAACGUUAAGUGCCACCGCAUAUCAUUAAGUAGGAGGAUAGAAUGCAUAUAUUCCUGAACUCUAAGUUAUCCAGGUAUUUCUUAGAAAUGAAAAUCCUUUCAUGUCAGUGUCAUUGUUCUUCAGCUCCGUGUUGUAUUAUUAAGGCUUUUGUAGGCAUAGGAACUUUUUACAUUCCUUAGAAUUUUUGUUUGUUGCUUCAUAUGCAACAUUGAAUUAAAGCAGCAAGCUUGAAAUAAAGAGGAACUAGUUCACUCUUUCUUCUCCAUCCUUUUAAUAAUGAGAGUGCUUUUUAGCAAAAGCAAAUAAAGGUAUUUUGCAGGUUUUAUGUUUAUUUUAAAAUAAACUGGUAUUUCUGUGGACACCUGGAAAGAAAAUGUGAUUUUUAUAUUCAGCAAAAAGUUCUUUGUAUUCCUAGAUGUUUCUGUAGAGCAAAUGAAAUACAAAUAACAGUUUGCUUGGUUUAACUUC